AUGGAGCCAAUUACUCGGAGAUCAGAGCUUCCCAUCCACAAGGAGCCACGCACACAGCCUUCCCCAGCACGCUCAUUGCUGCGUCCCAGUGGUGCUGAUGAGCUGCACGACUUACUCUGUGUAGGCUUCGGUCCAGCCUCCCUCGCCAUUGGUAUUGCCCUGCACGAUGCCAUGGACCCGGCCUUGACCCGCAAUACCCCUGCGGGCUUCAAGCCCAAGGUGUGCUUCUUGGAGCGCCAGAAGCAAUUCGCCUGGCACUCGGGUAUGCUGGUCCCUGGAUCGCGCAUGCAGAUCUCCUUCAUCAAGGACCUGGCUACUCUCCGUGAUCCCCGCAGCAGCUUCACCUUCCUAAACUACCUGCAUCACAAGAAACGCCUCAUCCACUUUACCAACCUGGGAACUUUCCUACCGGCUCGCAUGGAAUUCGAGGACUACAUGCGCUGGUGUGCGCAGCGAUUUGAGAACGUCGUGAACUACGGCGAGGAGGUUGUGGAGGUGGUCCCCGGAAAGACCACCGACGGGGUGGUGGAAUACUUUGUGAUUCGCUCGCGCAACAUCGAGUCUGGUCAGAUCUCUUCUCGGAGAGCUCGCAAGGUCGUGGUGGCCCUUGGUGGCAAGGCCAAGAUGCCCCCGGGCUUCCCUCAGGACCCGCGCAUCAUGCACUCGUCUAAAUACUGCACUACUCUGCCUACUUUGCUCAAGAACGAGAGUGCCAACUAUAAGAUUGCCGUCGUGGGUAGCGGUCAGAGCGCGGCCGAGAUCUUCCACGACCUGCAACGGCGGUACCCAAACUCGAACACUACCCUGAUCCUCCGGGAUACAGCCCUGCGGCCCAGUGAUGACUCUCCUUUCGUCAACGAGAUCUUCAACCCAGAGCGGGUGGACAAGUUCUUCCAGCUGCCCGCGGAGGAGCGUGCCAAGCGCAUUGCGAUCGAAAAGGCCACCAACUACUCGGUGGUGCGUCUGGAGCUGAUUGAGGAGAUCUAUAACACCAUGUACCUGCAACGCAUGCAGAACCCCGAUGAGAAGCAAUGGCAGCACCGUAUCCUGUCGGAGCGAGCCAUUGGUCGUAUUGAGCACCACAACCCGGCGUCUCGCAUGCGCGUGCACGUCAAGUCGAUCAACGAUGACCACACCGAUGGUAAGGAGGUUUUGGAGGUGGAUGCGUUGAUGGUGGCUACUGGCUACUUCCGUGAUGCGCACGAGCAGCUGCUAGAGCAGGUGCGCGGGUUGCGACCUGCCGGUCAGACGGUGUGGACCCCCGGCCGCGACUACCGGGUCCAGUUGGAUGACAGCAAGGUCAGCCGUCAUGCGGGUAUCUGGCUGCAGGGCUGUAAUGAAAAGACCCACGGUCUUAGUGACAGCUUGCUAUCCAUCCUGGCGGUACGUGGUGGUGAGAUUGUCAAUUCGGUAUUUGGUGAACAGCUGUUGGGCGCGUCAGUGCAAGACACCCGGUUGCGAGCGAUGCUGUAA